UACGCAUCGAGUUCGAACUUUGAGGUGACGACGCCCAAAGCUCAAGGCUUUGCUUCGUUGUGGGGUAGCGACCAGCUGUAGUGGCUCUCGCGGGCAUUGGCCCAUGUGGCUCUGCUAACCGGUUGAUUUGCAUUUGGCCAUUCCCCCUCGAUGAUUUUAUGCAGUGCAAAUGCCGGUGACUCUUUCUUUCACUACAAUUCUCUCGACUGCCAUCACUUUCAGUUUGUUCCAGGCAGUCACUCACUCCAUUGUGACGUUUGAUCUCCGCAACCUGGCGGACUUAUUGCAUAAUCGUUGCAGAGAAUUGUUGAGUCACAUGUCGCACGCUCGGCGGCAGCUGAAAGUAUGUGAUUCUUACCAAUCAUACAAAGACCUUUGAGUCGAAGUCAAUGAGCAUGAAGAAACAGGAGCAUCGUUGUAAUCGGUCACUGAGCACUAAGCACUCUCCGCCGGCGAACAAUCUUUGUCCUUCAAAUGAGUUAAUGAAAGGAUGAGAAUUACAUCGAUCAGUUACGUCUGAUCUUGGCAGUUGUGGACGAAAGAACUCAUGUUCAGACUAUUGAGAAGCGAGAUGUCGACCAGCAGCUGCCUAGGGAUUUAGACCCUCCCGGAUCAUGUCAGUUACCUGGCAACCGCCUUAGAGUCGCAGUUUUUCACCAAACCGGACGAGGUAAAGUACACGUGCUUUGACAUACAU